UGUGAAGACAUGAAUAUCAUAAUCAAAGUCCUUAAGUUUCUCCUUGGAGUUUGGGCUAAGGAACUCAAUGCUAGAGAAGAUCACGUAAAACAUAGUGUUCAGGGCAAACUGAACAGUGCCACCCAAAAGCAGACAGAAUCCUAUCUGAGGCCACUCUUCAGAAAACUACAGAAAAGGACUCUUCCUGCAGAUAUCAAAGGAUCAAUAACAGAAAUUAUCAAAUUCUUGUUACAGAGAGAAUAUGUGAAGGCCAAUGAGGCUUAUCUUCAGAUGGCCAUUGGAAAUGCUCCUUGGCCAAUUGGAGUCACCAUGGUUGGUAUCCAUGCCAGAACUGGUCGGGAAAAGAUUUCUUCCAAGCAUGUUGCACAUGUUCUAAAUGAUGAGAUGCAAAGAAAAUAUAUUCAGGGCUUGAAGAGAUUAAUGACCAUUUGUCAGAAGCACUUCUCAACAGACCCCUCAAAAUGUGUGGAGUACAAUGCACUCUGA